AUGGAUCAAAGCAAAGAAAUAGCUAGAGACGUUUUUCCUUUCCUUCGGGUGUACAAAGAUGGAACCAUCGAGAGACUAGCAGCGACAGAAGUUACUCCUGCUGGCCUAGAUCCUGAAACCGGAGUUUUGUCCAAAGACACGUUGAUCAUACCAGAAACUGGUGUCUCAGCCAGACUCUACUGUCCCAAUUCAGCAAAAGGCAACGAAAAACUUCCUCUCGUGAUCUACUAUCACGGUGGAGGCUUUUUCAUUUCAUCAGCUGCUGAUCCCAAGUACCACAACAGCCUCAAUAGGCUAGUUGCUGAGGCUAACAUCAUUCUUGUUUCAGUAGACUACAGGACAGCCCCAGAGAAUCCUCUCCCAGCAGCAUAUGAUGACUCUUGGGCUGCACUUCAGUGGGUGGCUGCCCAUGCUAAGGAAGAUGGUGGCAGCGAGGCAUGGCUUAAGGAUUACGUUGACUUUGGGCGGGUUUUCUUGGCAGGAGAUAGCUGUGGUGCUAACAUAGCACAUCAUUUCGCACUGAAGCUUAAGGACUGUGAACUGGGUCAUCAGAUGAAAAUUCAAGCCAUCGCUAUGAUCUUUCCUUAUUUUUGGGGAAAAGAUCCAAUUGGUGUGGAAGUAACAGAUCACGUGAGGAAAUCAAUGGUGGACAACUGGUGGUUGUUAGUUUGCCCAACGGAGAAAGGAUGUGACGAUCCACUUAUUAACCCAUUUACAGAUGGAUGCCCGAGUCUCGAAGGUCUCGCUUGCAAAAGACUGCUUGUUGUUGUCGCAGAGAAAGACAUAUUAAGGGACAGAGGAAGACUUUAUUAUGAAAAAUUAGUGAACAGUGAGUGGCAAGGGGCUGCCGAGAUUAUGGAAAUACAAGGAGAAGAUCACGUCUUUCAUAUCAUUAGUCCCGACUGCGAGAAUGCAAAGAGCUUGUUCAAGGGACUGGCUUCUUUCAUCAACCACACAUAG